UGGCGCAGUCUUGAGCUGUCUAUUGAACGCCGAUUUCCCAAUAAAGAGUCUUUCCGACGGACGCAGAAAUAGAAUAGUGAGACUACUCAGUCUCGUUUUUUGCUUGGAAGUCGCUUUGUUCGGAAGAGGAUGUAUAGAUCGUCUAACUUGUCUUAGAACAUGCUGUUAUCGAUUUAGUAAAACCUUUGUGGGAGGCACCGCAUUUGCACGUUCACUUUGCAUUAGUCACUUGAGAUCUGUGUAACUCUCAGCUAAGUACAGAUCUUCAGGAAAAUUUUGUUUAGUGUUGGACCGGCUACUCUCGAACAAAUAAGAGGAUUUCAGUUUUCAUCGACUUCAUUACAAUCGUGGUAUUCCCUCAAAUCUUCAAAAAUAUAACGGAGAAGCGAUACAAGUCAUGAUGUACAUAAAACAUAUUCCCACUUGCUUCCAUGGUUUCUGCAAUAUGAGUACAAAAGGGAGCUGUAAUUGACUGUCAGACAACAAGCGGGUGCAGAAAGCGGUUAAACAGGCCCGGAGAGUGGACAUAUUUCUAAGCCCGCCGCCAUUGGAAAGAAUUUGAUGAUGCGACCUCUAAGUCCGUCGCCGAUGACAUGUGGCAUCCGACAGCGUCUUCUGAUGUCAGAUGAUGCCUUCGACACCGAAGACAAUUCAUCGCGGUCAUCGAGCUUGCCACCACGUGCUCGAGUGGCCUUUAGUGGGAUCAAUACAUUAGCACCGUGCUCUAAAGAGUUCCAGAAAAGUCUCAACGACCUGAAUCAAAGGGACGAGGACACUGCUUCCGCCGCAAAUAAACUCACACUUCCAGUUAUUCAGCUUCUGAAAAACUCAGAUAUCAACCAUGUCGGCCGCGAUGGGAGGCAUGGAAAACCUGGAGCGAGCUGUUGGGAUGAUGAUAGUGCCACAAGCGGUAAUAGUACUUCUGAUGAUGAUAUGACAACGAGCUGGACAUCACUGAGUAAUGUUGGUACACUCGUCACGUUGCGACCGAAAAAAUGGCACCGUGGUAUGAAGACAAAAAGUGAUAACUCAGAUGGUGAGACCUACGAUGAUAGUAUGUCGGUUCGUUCUGAUUCUUAUAUGAUAUGUAAGAAAUCGCCGAGUGUACGUCGAAAAGCAAGAGGGAGGAAGAGAGGCGACAGUCCACCAACUACCGACGGUGACUCGGGAAGACUGUCGCGGAAGGACGACAACACCAGGAGACGGAAGACCUAUUUGGGUCUAGAACCACCGGUAUCGAACAACCGACCGCGUGGCUUAUCGCCCCUCUCACGACCUCAACAGGAGAAAGACAAGUCCUUUCGUCAACCAAUCCACCAAAGUAAAUCUGCCCAUUCAAGUCCUCAGCAGGAGAGGCGAGAGAUUCAUCAACCAAGCACCAGAAGCACACCUAACUCUCCAUAUGGUAGCCCUCUUCUAACCCGUGCCAGCAACGCCAAACGUGCUACGGAAAUCCCUAAAUGGCAGAGGCCCUUCAACUUAUAUACAUCACCAUCAUCAAGCAGCUUCACAAGCCAGAAUAUCAACCCGAUCCUCGUCCACAAAGACGCAUCUAGAUCGUAUAGAUUGAGCGAUUUUUGUGAAACGAAACAUAGCCACACUGUGGCCAACCUGGAAGAGGAAUUUAAACAAUUAAAAGCAUGCAGAUACUUACGUCGUCAAUCUGACGAAAUAGGAUCAGAUGAGGAGUAUUCGCCUAAAGUGAAAUAAUAAUUAAAUAAAAUAAUGUCUAGCUAGUAUACCUUUCGGCGAACUCAAGAAUUAAAAAAACAAAACAAUGUCGCACAGCAUCAUGAUAUAAAACUGAGUAUUUAAUCCUUUUUCUUUAUUUUUUUUGUUUAAACGAUGAAGAACUUAAGUGUUUUUUUUAAUUUUUUUUUAUAGUGGGAUACCCUAAUAAAUACAGAUUUCUUGUAUGCCUCCACCUGUAUAAAAGAAAUGUUAUAUUUUUAUCCUAACCUCGAUAUUCUUGACAAUGAUUGUGUCAUCGAAAUUGGCAGCAUGCUGUGAUUCUAGAAAAGGUACCAUGGUAACCAUGUUUUUUUUGUUCAAAUUACCAUUCACCAUGGUAACCUUGAUUAUCAUGGUACCAAAACAAUGAAAUACAUUGUUUAUGACCCAAUGUAUUUCUGUUUCUGUUUCUGUUUCGGUUGCGUCGGUAGAUUCAGGUUUAACUGUACUUCACCAAAGUUUUGAUUUGUAUGGUCGUGGUUGUGCUAUGGAAGGAGAGGUGUUUCACAUUUGAAGUUUCUGCUUGAAGACUGCACUGGAGGUAGACAUAACUGUUUCCUCCUUGAGUAGGUUCCUUUCUGCUGCUGCUCUGUUGAAGAAUGAGUACUUGUGCACGUACUUCUUAACCAAUACCCUCUGGAUUCUUUUGCUGUUCCCUCUAGUUGUUCUUCCCCCCUCUGAUGUUGGCUUGAAUGUAUGUGUCAGCCUUGAUUCCCACUUUUCCGUUUAUGAUCUUGAACAGGAGUUGAAGUCUAGCAAUCCUCCUUCGAUUCUCCAGUGAAUCCCACUCUAACUCCUUGAUCAUUUGGGAAACACUGCUCAGUUGCUUGUAAUCAUUCAUGCAGAAUCUAGCGGUCUUCCGUUGUAUCGAAUUGAUGAGAAUGAUGUCCCCUUUGCGGUACGGGUCCCAUGAACUACUGGCGUACUCCAGGAUGGGUCUGACUAGAGUUUUGUAUGCAGACUCUUUGGUGGCCUUGGUACAAAACCAGAGGUUUUUUCUUAGGAAGCCAAGCACCUUGUUGGCUUUGGAGGUGAGCUUCGUGAAGUGAGUGUCCCAUCUCAGCUUGUUGUCGAUUUCCACACCGAGGUAGGGAUAAGAAGACACUUCUUGAAGUGGUUGACCACAGAAGGUGUAAUUCCUAUUCGGUGGGUCCCGAUUGUUGGAGAUCUUCAUGACCGUAAAUUUGGCUGGGUUGGAAGACAUGGCCCAUUUGCUCUGCCAAGCUUCGAGUUGGUGGGGAUCCUCUUGGAGGGUAUCCAAUUCUUCUCUGAACUUGCCGUUUGUAUAGAUGAUACAGUCGUCGGCGAAAAGUCUGGCAGUGCUGCGAAGAUUAUCUGGCAAGUCAUUGAUGAACAGAAAGAACAUCAGUGGGCCGAGUACCGUUUCUUGCGGUACGCCUGACAAGACUUUCUUAGGUUUUGAUGAAGUGCCUUUGCAGACUACCUUCUGUGUCCUUGCUGUGAGGAAAUGUCUCAUCCAUUGAAGUAGUGGACCUCUAAUUCCAUGAUAGUCUAAUUUCACUGUUUUGUAAGGGGAUCAGCACAGAGUUUGGCUUAAUGAGUCCUUACUGAGUCCCAUAGAUGUUUACAAUAUGGUGUAUGUUGCUUUGUUGGGCAAGCACACAGUGAAAUAUAUAUAUAAAAUAUAUUUAUGUAAUUUAUAUAGUACAUAUUAAUAUCGUAUUGUUAUAAGGCGUAUACAAUACAAAUAUAGGCUCUAAUAGGAAGCACGACGUCUUCCCUGUAUUUCAACUGUUGCCAUGUUAAAUUAUGUAUGUCUAAAUUAUAACUUUUGUUUAUAUGGAAAAAAAGAAAAGGAAUAAAAAGAAUGUUACUUUGAAUUUAAUUGAAUUAAAAUAAUAUAGGACAUUAAAAAAAAAAAGACCCUACUUUAUUUCGUAAAAAUUGUCAAUUAAUCUUAUUUUUCUUCGCAGAAUAUGUUCAGAAUGAUACUUGUGAAGAGAUUUCCAUUAAUGUUUGAUCAAUCAGAUUGAUUUUAAAUAUUUUUAAAAGUUUUAAACCUUAAGCUCUAUAGUACAUUUUGAGGCAUUUCUGAAAGCGUAAGCUGAACAUUUAUGUGAUUAUUUUUUAGCUUCUUUUUUCGUAAGGAAAAAAAGGGGUCGUGCGCCCCUACGCCCCUUGAUCCGCCCCUGCCCACACCACAUGUUGACGAUCUAUUUGGACCCAUGCUGCGUCACUGUUGUAAUAAUUAAAUUACUUGUAAUAUUUUGAUGUUUCAAAAAUGCCUUAUACAUGUAUAUACGGUUCGGUUGUUUAUUCAUGAUUAAAAAGGGCGGAUUUUAUUACGACAUACUACAACCUGCAUUUUGCGAUUCAAGCAGACUUUAUGAAAUCAAGGAGCAAUUUAUUUUAAGGCUGAUGGAAAUGCCAAAUAAAAGGAUAAUGUAAAAUUUUA